CGAACCCUCGGGCAGAUGAGGCUCGUUAGCUGGGGACAGCCACUCUUCUAGGAGAGACAACUCCAAAAUUAAACAACUGCUGCCUUGUAGUUUGUUCAUGGUUGGACAAAGGCUAUGGAAGCAAAUCCAAAAAGAAAAGCAGGCUGAAAUCGGAGUCAAUGGCCUCAAUGGCGCAUAACCAGUUGACACGUAACGCUUAAUUGUGUUGGAGGCGUGUUCGAGUCGGCAAAAAGCUCAUGGUUGAUAAAUUCGAACAAAGUCUCGAGUUCAAACCCACUGGCAGAUAAAUCUCGAUCCCCUUCAACACUAAUAAUUAAGAACGAAGAAGAAGAAGAAGAAGCUCACAAUAUGAAUCACAAUUUAUUUUAAUAUAACGUAUUUUUCAGAUGUCGGGGGGAUUUGAAGCAGGCGUGGAGGUGACAGUUAAGACGGUGUCUGUCGUGUUACCCGCAGUGGGGGUUAAGGUGUGCUCAUUUGAAAUAACGGACGAUGAUGGGGCUAAUAAAAAAGUGGCAGCGGUAAAAGAGGAGUUGUUGAAAAGUGUGGGUAUAACCAACCAUAACAAUUACAUGAUGGUGUUAACACAGAACAGCAACAACGGCUCGAUUCAGAUGAAAGACGAGGAUGAAAUUGUACUCUAUUUCAAUUCAUUAUCCAAUGGUUACUUGAUGUUCGUUCAAAAAGCCUAACCUACUUCAAACACUGGAACGAAAACGAAAUAAAACAAAGGCGUUUUUUUAACUCUGUAGCUGUGUUUU